UGUAAAGAUCAUGUGGGUCACCAAAGAAAAAUAUGUGUAAACUGAAAGCGUCAAAGUCUAUGCUGUGUUUACAAUGAAAAGAAAAUGGAGAUUUACUUCAUACUGGUUGCCAGUUUUCUUAGUUCUGCACUGUGUGAGCACAUUACAUCCAAAUGCCAUGGUAACAACUACAUGAAUUCUAUAUGUGCCAACCAAUCAGAUGUUAUUGCCAUCAAACAACUACAGUAUGGAGCAAAAUCAAAUGGCAAAAAGUGUCCCCAGAAUGAGCAGCAUAACAAUAAUACGUGUUGUUCGCAUGAAGUUGGCGACUGUUUGGAAGAUGUGACUGAUUAUGCCAAUAAAUAUUUAUAUUUUUCUCGAUUGUCUGGACUAAAUGGCAUUUCACAAAAUACAGCCACACCCUGGAUCCGAAUGAAUUGUGGAAAUCGCACUUUCUCGGACUAUGUACAGGUCGUGUUUGAUUGUAUUAAAGAAACAGAAAUCAAGAACUUUUGUGACUAUCAGAAAAUGACCGCAACAAAUAAAGGUCUGUACCUCCAUAGGGAACGAUAUUUUAACAUUAAAAAUACUUGUGAGUGCAUGAUCAAAUCAUCAGAAAGAUCUACAAUCAACGUAUUUGCCGUUGACGUGAGAUUGCAGCCAAAUUACCCUGUUAAUGAAAACCUGACUGGGGACUGUACAAAUGCAACAAAUAUGCUGACAAUUAGUGAUAACAACAAUAUGACAAGCAUUGAGUGUGAAAAUGACACCAUUUAUGGAGAACUGGAAAAACUAUAUUCUUCAUCCGAAAACUCUAUUAAUAUAUCAUACUCAGAAGAAGGAAAAGAGCCACAAAAUGUUUGGAUAUUUGUUAAUGCCAGCAAAGGAGAUUUUGAAAUCGAAUGUAAUCCACGACUCUCCACUACAACUUCAACAACAACAUCAACAACAACAGGCACAACCAAAAAUUCAAAUCCACUCGUGACGUCACCUGGCAAUCAAGGAAAUAGUCACAAAAAUAAAACUACACAACCAUCGGGACGAAAGACAAAAUCUCCAGGGUCUAAAAAUUCAGACUCUAAUGUCAUCGAAACUGGACCCUCGGCCAGAGUAAGAGAGAGAGCCAUACAAAAUACGGCAAUAUACUGCGUCAUAGGGGCGGCUGCUAUAGCGACCAUAUUGAUAAUCACGGCCGGGUUUUUCAUUCGUAGGAACAGAAAGUCAGCAGAGCAACAAAGAAAAUAUAAAAAGGUGCACGAAGCAAGACUCAGCCAAUCCGACUCCUCCAUUUUCACACUGGAAAAAUUACCAAGGGAAACCCCAACAAACUUUUCUGAAAGUUCAGAGGACCAUUUGUAUUGACAAAUCCCUUGAUGGGAAGCCAUUUGUAACAUUUUAUGACAAUGUUCAUUGAAAUAUUUAUUAUAUUUAAAAUAUUAAUAUUUUAAAUAUUAUAGAAAGGCUCUUUGUAAUUAUCAAUUUUUACAUUACAUACAUUAAUAUUAGAAGACAAGCCUCUUUCAACAUAGUAUAAUUUUUUUCAGACAGUGUAAGUAAGAGCAUGAAAUGAUUAUGUAUUUGAACAAAUUUUUGUGAUCUAUAAGUUUUUGAAGAUUUUGUUACAUGCAUUUAGAUUUACAAUUCUAUUAAUAAUGUGCGUGUUAUUAGAGUGUCAUAAAACUCAUAAUUAUUGUGUGUUCUGUCAAUCACUUAUUUUAUUACCAAUCUUUACUACAAGUACUGCAUUUGAAGGAAAGCAAUGCGUACAUGUGUCUUUAAAUGUAUCAUCACAUUCUACGAGUCAAUGGCAUGAAAAGUUAAAUUGAUGCUUCUUUUUUGCAUUUCUUUAUUUGUUUUUAAAAAACUUC